AUGGCGACGCAGUGAAGAGGAGACAAUGCACCGCCGUAGACUUGAGUGACGCGCCCGAGUUCGGUUGCUUGUGUGCGGCAAACUGGUUUGUUCAUGGAGAACAUCUUUGCCUUUUGAUUUGUAAGUCCCCGCAACUCCCUCCCCAAAACAACAACAACAACAACAUCAAAACCAGAAGAAGAAGAAGAGGAAGAGCGGACUCUUUGGUGGAUGCUGCAAGUUGGAAGGAGGACUUUUGCCACCCCUCCUACUUGAUUUUCGCACCCAGUCCGAAACACUCCGAGCCCACGUCCGCACUGGUUGCAAAGCACUUUGGAUGAACUUCCUGAUGAGAGAUCCAGUCAUCCAGGGCUCGAGUAUGGCAUAUCAUCCGUUUAUACCUCACCGGGGUCCGGAAUUUGCCAUGAGCGCCAUGCUGGGCCACCAGCCGCCCUUCUUCCCGGCUCUGGCGCUGCCCCCCAGCGGUUCGCUCUCGCUGCCGGGCGCCCUGAGCAAGCCGAUCAUGGAUCAGCUGAUGGGGGGAGCGGCCGACUCCGGGCUCCACUUCUCCUCGCUGGGCCACCAGGCCGCCGCGGCGGCCGCUGCGGCGGCGGCGGCGCACCUCCGGCCGCUCAAGAGCCUGGAGCCCGAGGAGGAGGUGGAGGACGACCCCAAAGUGCACCUGGAAGCCAAGGAGCUGUGGGAGCUCUUCCACAAGAGGGGCACCGAGAUGGUGAUCACCAAAUCCGGAAGGCGGAUGUUCCCCCCCUUCAAAGUGAGGUGCACGGGCCUGGACAAGAAGGCCAAGUACAUUCUCCUGAUGGAUAUCGUGGCGGCCGACGACUGCAGGUACAAGUUCCACAACUCCCGCUGGAUGGUGGCGGGCAAGGCCGACCCGGAGAUGCCGAAGAGGAUGUACAUCCACCCGGACAGCCCCGCCACGGGCGAGCAGUGGAUGUCCAAGGUGGUCAACUUCCACAAGCUCAAGCUCACCAACAACAUCUCCGACAAGCAUGGAUUUGUAAGUUCCACUAAUACCAUUUUGAACUCCAUGCAUAAAUAUCAGCCCCGCUUUCACAUCGUGAGGGCCAACGACAUCCUUAAGCUGCCCUACAGCACCUUUCGGACUUACGUGUUCCCCGAGACCGACUUCAUCGCGGUGACUGCUUAUCAGAACGACAAGAUAACUCAGCUUAAAAUCGACCACAACCCAUUCGCCAAAGGCUUCCGUGACACCGGCAACGGUCGACGGGAAAAGAGGAAGCAGUUGGCCCUGCAGUCCAUCCGCUCGUACGAGGAGCAGCAGAAGAAGGAGAACGGAGCUUCGGACGACUCCUCCGGGGAGCAGGCCCCCUUCAAGUGCUUCGGUCAGGCCUCCCCCCCUGCAGUGGCCACCGUGGGGCCUCCGCACCUGAAAGACUUUUGCGACAGCGACGAGGACAGCGACGACGAGAGCAAAGACGGCCACGUCAAAGACGGUCCCGACUCCAGCAAGAUCUCCACCACCACGGAGGACGGCAAAGAGCACGAGGCCAGCCCGGCCAAGGGCCACCUGUUCGGGGGAGGAGGCGACCCCCCCGGCCGCACCCGCGACGGCAGCCCGAGGACUGAGCGAGGCCGGGCGGACUCUCGACAGAGCCCCAUCACCGUCAUCUCCAGCACCACUCGCUCCGGGGAGGACGCGAAGAGCCCGAGCCUGGACCCGGCCAAGGAGGACGAGAGCCGGCCGCCGGGCAAGGACGCCUUCGUGCCUUUGACUGUGCAGACGGACGGCGCGCACAUGCAAGGCCAUCACGGCCACGUGCCCAACUUCGGAUUUCCCAGCGGCCUGACCGGACAGCAGUUUUUCAACCACUUGGGAGGCGCGCACCCGUUCCUCCUCCACCCGGGUCAGUUCAACAUGGGCGGCGCCUUCUCAAACAUGGCCGCGGGCAUGGGCCCCCUACUGGCCGCCGUGUCCACGGGAGGGGUGGCCGCGGUGGACACCAGCAGCAUGGCGUCCUCCCCUCAGAGCCUGACGGGGGCUCCGGGCCUGCCCUUCCAUCUGCAGCAACACGUCCUGGCCUCGCAGGGUCUGGCCAUGUCCCCCUUCGGAAGUCUCUUCCCCUACCCCUACACGUACAUGGCGGCGGCCGCAGCGGCCUCCUCCGCGGCCGCCGCCUCGUCGUCGUCCUCGGUGCACCGGCACCCCUUCCUGAACGCGGUGCGGCCCCGGCUCAGGUACAACCCCUACUCGCUGCCCAUGACGGUACCUGACAGCACCCUCCUCACCGCCGCCGCCUCGGCCAUGGCCCCCCUGGGGGCCGACCUGAAGGGGGACGUGCUGGUUCCGGCCAGCCCGGUGUCGGCCCUCGACUCCACGUCGGAGGUGACCAGCCGCUCGGUGUCGCCCAAAUUGUGCGCGGAGAAGGAGGGCGCCACCGAGCUGCAGAGCAUCCAGCGCCUCGUCAGCGGGCUGGACUCCAACCAGGACAGGUCAAGAAGCGGGUCGCCCUAAGGUGGGGUGGGGUGUGGGGUGGGGGGACGCCCCGCCCCCUCCUCCAUCCCUCACACUCUUCUUUUUUUUCAUUUCUCCUUUCAUUUUCAAGGCGACCCAAAUAUCUUGAAAGAGAACAGGAGGACUUUGUUCAUAGCAGGUUUUUUGUUUUUUGUUUGUUUAUUUUAAAAAAGGAGAGAAAAUUCAAAACAAGAAACAUGUGUUAGUUUCUGAAAUGCACUUUGGUUUAAUUCACAUCUGAUAUGUAUUUUUUUUUCGUUUUAAAUUAAAAAAACAACACUUAACCUGUCUUUCUUUUUCUUUUUCUUUUUUUUGGGCGGGCGGGGGGAAUACCGUACAAGUAUUGAAACUGAAAAGUGGUCAUAUGGGUGAGACUUAACGAAUUUAAGUUGCUGCUGUCUCCUAACUGCAUAGUACACGACGAAAUGUUAUGGGUUUUUUUUUUUUUUUUUUUUUUAUUAUUGUUAUUAUUUGUUUUUGUUAUUACUUCCCAAUAUGCACUCUGAAUUUACACCUUUUGAUUUCCACUACCAGUGAACAUAACCUACCUUUAAAAGACUGCUGUAUUUUCUUGUACAAUUUCAAUUUUAACGAAUUGGCCAAAAAAAAAAAAAAAGUUGCAUGACCUCUUCCUCAUCAUCAUCAUCAUCAUCCUCCUAAUCGUGAAUGUUCUUUAAAAAAAACAGUGGAGGAAAAUAUUUGUUGUUGUUUUUUUUAAUAUAACGCAAUCAUAUCUCUUUAAUUGGAAUCGGGUUUAUAUAAUUUUUUUUGUUUGUUUUUUAAUUCAAAAACUGCUCUGGGCAGGAAAAAAAACCGCUCAAGAGUAAUGUUCAACAGGCAAAGGGAAGCAGAAAAUUCAAAGUAAAUAUUAAAAAAAAGAAAGGUAGUAUUAAGUCGACAUGUACAUAUGAGUAUAUAAAAUAUUUAUGUAUAAUUAUUUCAUAUUGUUGCGUGUAAAUAAAAAGUAGUUUGUCCUAGGGAUCUGUUCUUAAUUUAUUGUGGAUAUAUCUGUGUAAUGAUAGUUUGUGGCUAUUAUCCUUUUGUUGCCAUCGACACUUAUUAUCCGCCCCCUCUUGUCAAAAUCUUAAAAUAUGGAUUUUAAUCCUCCCUUAAUAUCCACUCAACUAGUUACUCACACUCAUGUGCCAUUGUAUUUUUCACGUGUCGUCCGCGCGUGUGUUCCUCUUUUCAACGAAUGGAAAAAGGCGACAGCGAACGCACCCCACCAAUGGCUUGAAAACGCCUCCUUUUUUUAAAAUAUGAAAUAAAAAUAAGUUGGGUUUUUUUGUUUGUUUGUUUUUAUUAGAAACGCAAAACAA